GAUAAUCUUGCUUACCCCCCUCUUGUGAUGAAUCAUGUCAUACUUGCGAUUUAGGUGUUUGCGGAUGUAACGAAAAAUAUACACUUUCUGAGAAUAAUAAAAAAUGCAACCCACCUGUUUGCCAUGAAAGUUGUUUCCAAUGUAACUAAGGAUUAUGUGUAUGUCCUAUAGGAUUGACUCUUACAUAAGACGGUUUAAGAUGCACCUAAAAUGAAGUUCCUUCUAACAAAAACUGUCAUCCAAGUUGUAAUUGUGAAUUAGAAGAUUUAGGUUGUGCGGAAUGCAAUAUAUGUACAAGCUGUAAAUAACCCGAUGCAGCUGUAAUGGUAAAUAAAGAUUAUUGUGUAUGUGCUACUCCUAGAUAUAGAUUAAUGAAAGGAUCUUAAUGGGAAUGUGAAGAAGUCCAUAUAUCUGUUGAUGUUCCCAAAUGUGAAUGGUAAUUAUUUAACUAAAUCAUAAAUAUGGUCGUACACUCUAAAUGUGAAUUUGUUAAAAAUGAAAAUAAUGUUUCUUUAGUAUUAGAUACUGUAACUUAUGAUUGGACGAGAGCCAAUAAUGUUAUAUUAGAUGAUGAAUGUAAAUAGUAAUUAAAUUCCUAAGUUUUAUAUUCUAGAGAUUGUAAUAGUUACUCUGCUUUACCUUUAACUUAUAUAAAUUAAGUUUCCUCAAACUCAGUUUCCUUAAUGAUUCCAUUAAUUAAUGUCUAUGAACUUACAACCGAAACUGUCCUUUCUAAUGAUGGAAGAACUAUUUACCAAAAAAUAUGUUUGGCAAUCGAAUUAUCACAUUUAAGAAGAGUUAUUAGAUAACAUAGAUUCUAAAUUAGAGUCUAUACAAAUAGAGACUAAGUCGAAGUUUUCCACUUGACUGUAAGUAAAUAAAUUACUGAUGGUUGUGAUAAAGGACAAUAAUGUAUUAUUGUUGCAAAUCUAGACACUGAAGGAUAUACCUGCAAAGACUAGUCUUGUAAUUCUUAUUAUCUUAAGAGUUAGGUUCCUUCAUAUGUUGUAGGUGAACAUAUGUACGUUAGAAUUUAAUUCGUUGAUAAUACUUAUACUAAAUACUUGCAUGUAGUCACUGUUAAAUUCGUUGAUGAUGCUGGUAUUUAUAAUUAUGUCAGAAAUGUUUAAUGGUGGACAUUGAGAUAAGGUUUUGGAUAGGUAGAUGUAGAUAUUUUAUUAUUCUAACCUCACGUAAAUGCUAUUGUUGAAGUUGCAUUGAAAAUCACUCUUGAAAAAGAUAAUUUGAGAGCAUUGUCAGCUUCAAUUGAUUCUGAUACUAAAUAAACAUUCCAAGUUAAUGUUUAUUCUAGUAAAUAAUAACCUAAAGAUACUUAAAAGGAAAAUACUAACAGUUUUGGAUUAUAACUUAUAUUUGGUUUCUUAACUGCUGUUUUAUUAUUAUCUUUUUAUUGAAAAUAAUUAAAAAUUUAUAAAAAUUUUAUUUCAUUAUAUUUUUUAAAAUUUAUUUUUGCUU